GGUAUGCGACGUCAAUUCCACAGUAGCAGAUAAUGAAUCUUUCAGCAUAUCUGGCACAGCUUCACCACAUAAACCUGACAUAUCUUCCAAUCAGAAGCAAGCUGAAGGAGCUCAGCAAGACAAAAGAAGACUUUGUGGAAAUUAUUAGUCCGCGAACUUUGUAUUUUCUGGAUCCAAGUGGCAGUCUCUUUCUCCAGUGUCCUGCCUCAUCUCCAGUUUCUCUCAGCACCUCCAUGUUGUGGCAAGUGUCCUCCUUACACCCACAGCAGCUGCUAGAUCUGGUUGCUAAGGGCAACGAGGAACUAACUUCUGCACAACUGCCUUCCUCAUUGGAGCUGAAGCUUGUAGCUGCCCAGAGUUUGGAUGGUGGAGUGUUAAAUGUGGAUGUAACACAGCGGGAAGAUUACUUUGUGCAGGUGACCAAAGUCAAAAGUGUGAAUAGCACUGUGCAGGAGGGAGAUGUGUUGCUGUCAGUUGAUGGUCAAAGUUUAAGGCACAAGAGACCAGCGCAAGUCUUUGCAGUUCUGGAGGACACCCAUCCCAAGAGUGUUGUUUUGAUUGCCCGAGGCCUCAAGCUCAAGCUGCUUAGCGUUUCAGAAACAGGUUCUGAGGAGAAAAAAACAACACCACCAUCCAAGCCACCAUCUGGCACAGAGCUCAUGGCAUCUGGAGUGUUUGAAGUUGUUAUGAUCAAAGGACCCACAGGAGUUGGCUUCUGUUUAGAGGGAGGAAAAGCAUCACCUCUAGGAGACCUUCCUAUAGUCAUUAAACGCAUCUUCAAAGGAGGUCCAGCUGAAAAGUGUGGUCAGUUGAAGGUGAAGGAUGAAAUACUGGCUGUGAAUGGUGUGGACUUUACAGAAAUGAGACACUACGAAGCUUGGAAUCAUCUGAAGUUCCUUGAGGAUGGGGAAGUUCACAUCAAGAUUAGGCGCCAUUGAACUUAAGAGUAAUGGAAUUUUUUUUGAACCAUCAGAUCUUGAAUUGCAUGGGUCAAGUUAUCAGUAUGCUUUAAUUAUUUAUCUGAAAAUUUUAUUAGAAUGAACUUAAAAGAAUGAAGAGACUGUCAGAUAGUCAUUAAUUGUGGCCUAUUGGCUUCACCUAAAUGAAGAGAACUGUCCAACAUAAUGAUGGGGUUGGUAAAUCAAGUUUGGUUUUUUUCACUUGAGAAAUAUGUAAAUAAUGAUGCUCUCAUGAUCACGAACAGUGUUUCCUUAUUAUUAUCGAAAUUUUAUGGCAUUCUGUCACCAUAAACUUCAGCAACAGAAACAUAGAAAAUAGUAUGGUCUCAGCAUCAGAGUGUUAUGAUAUUCACAUUAUCACAGGUUUAUUGAUAUUAAUUUUUGAUACUCCCAUUGUCACAGAUUUCUGAUAUUUCUGCUAUCACCAAUUCCCUGCUUUGCUUGCAAGCUUACUGUAUAUAAAUUCCAGUCAUAAUCUGCAUAGUGUUAGCACUGAAAAGGUGUUACUGUCAUCAAAAACUGUAAAAACUUUCAAGAAGGAUAUAAAAAGACAUUUUAGUUUCUGAUGCCUAUAGCUCAGUGCUAAUUUUUUAAAUUUUUAUUUGGGAUGAAUCACAUUUGAUUGGUAUUUUUCACAAAUAUGCUUUCAGUAAACUUGGCAAAAAAAAUUAAGAUCAAAUCACUGUUUUAACAAUUAAUGUUUAAAUAAGGAUUUUGCUGUUCACUGGAAGCAUUCUCUGUCAAUAUCCAAGAUAACAUUUAAGAUGUCUUGCUACAAAGUUAUGCUGAACAAAUUACUUCAAAGCUUACUGUAUUAACCUGUAAAAUAGAUGUGUAUGCAUCCAUGUGACAAAACAUUGCUCUAGACUGCUUACUUCUUAGUGUUUAUAUUUUUUGUACAUUUCCAUGCAUUUAUGUCUUUGUGUGAGUGUGUAAUAAUAUAAUAUUUAUUCAGUUUUUGGGAGGCCAUCUGGCCCACAUCAUCACAUGCUGCUGGUUACAUGGAUGUCAACAGUGGGGGGCUGUACAAGAUCAACAUUUCAGUUAUGUUUGAGGCUUCAAUUUAAUAUAAACAAUAUAAUGACAUCAAUAUUGAACAGUUAUAUGUAAUCUGUCAUGGUGUCCUCAUUUUCAGGCAUUCUGUUUAUGUAGAGGGCAAUAUUAAUGGCUACUUUUCCCUUAAGGUUCUUAACAAAAGGUGAACCUUAGAGGGUAAGGGGAAUUAACGAUAAAAGAGUGGAAUAUAUCUAUCACGUAAGGCUGUAUAUUUAGAACAUAUUAGCAAAAAAUACAAUCCUUAAUGAAGCCACCAUUUAUAAAAACUAAUUUUUUGUUUUAUCCAUAUUAACUGUAAGUUGCCAUUUGUUACAAAAUGUUUAUAGAUAGUAGAUUUUACAUUGAAGGGCAUCAGGAAUCAGCAACAAUGGCAAUGUCAUAUUCAUACAUCAAAAGUAUCCCAUGUGGAUCUGCCACGUACACCACAUAAUGUUAAAUCUGACCAAGGUGUGGGUGUGUGUGUGCAUGUGUAUGUGUUUAACUUUGGUAGAUGUGUUGUUUGUACAGACAGCUUCACUCUUGAAUUACUAUCCUGUGCAUUGAUCUGAUUGUGAAAUGGAAUCUUCUGAUGGAUAAUAAUCUUUAUGAAUAUUUUUCUAGUUUUGUAAAAGAAAAUUAUGUUUAAGUUUAUAAUCAUGUCUUAGUUACAGCAAACUGGUGGUACAUCAUUGGCUGUAGAUGCUAAAAGUCUUGUACAGAGUAUAGUUGUGACCUUAAUGUCUACUACCAAAUUAACUUCCUCACCUUGUAGCUUUUGAAGAAAACUGUAAUUUGUACUUCUUACCCACCUUUGUUCAAGUCUGAUUGUGUCACAAAUAUCCAAACCAUACCUCUGGUGAAAACAAUAUUGUAAAGAUAUUAAAAAUACAGAAGGCAAUAAGUCAUUUAGAAGGCAACCACUUCUGCCACAAUUUUACCUUUUAGAGCCUGCUUAAAGUAUUAUGCGCUUGUGAUUGGAUGCUAUCGUAUCUAUAAUGUGGUCAGUGUUGCAAAUUUGUGACCACUGACUCAUUAUGAAAUCAGUUACGACCAUCAGAAAUGUGUCUGGCAAAAAAGAAAAUGAAAGUGGCUAUAUCUGAAAAAUUUUGUAUUUCUUUGUGGCCUAUAAGAUCCUGAUUCAGUUCUGGGUUUGGUAUCUUUCACAAUAUUUGCACAGUAUAAAGUGUAUACAUUAUCUGGUCAAAGUUUUCUUAUGUUUAUGGCACAUGAUUGAUCUAUAUUUAUUGAAAUUUUAUUGGAUAAUAGUUUUGUAGAAAUUCUAAUAAUGCGUGCUGUAUUUACAACUGAAAGAGGUGAAGGUAAUUAAAAUGUAAAUAAAAUAUAACUUUCAAAACCUCCUUCACUUAAGAUGAGGUAAGAUGUGGUCUGUCUGAUAAAGACAGGUUUGAAUGCAUGUUUUGAGGGCUGCUUUAUCAUUGUUUUAGAGGACCUGCAUUUAGCAACAUUUCAAUGAGCAGAUAUACCAGGUGAUAAAUAUUUUUCAAGUUUCUACUUACAAGAAAAUCAAAACUGCAGUCUGGAUAUAUUACACAGAUAUAUUUAUAUAGGUGUGUGUGUAUAAAAUAUAUAUCUUAUUUUAGAAUGCCUUUUUAUUGACAAUAUUUUUUAUCAUUGACAGAUUUGCAAUAAUAAGAGCUGAUGAACUGUCUCUUCAUUGUUUUUCUCCCUUAGAUCUUAUUUACUACAAGCUCAACAUUCAUUAAUGAAAUAUGAAGAUGUAUAUAUUAGCAUAAACUUACAACUUUCAGAUUUCUUCCCUUUAUCAACAGGAAGUUUUUUAAAACAAAUUUUGGUUGAGAACAUACAGUCUUUUGGUUUUGAUACCAGAGCUUCAGAAGUAUGCAUAAUUACUGAAAUAUGUAAGCCUGUAUAAAAAUAUUUCUUGGUUGAUGAUGGUGUGCUAUCAAUAAACACUUAACGCAAAAAAAUAAAAGAUUGUGUGAGACUGAUGCACAUAAGUUGGCACUGUUUAUGUACAUGACAUGAAUAUUUGCACAGAAGGUAUAUGUUUGUUAUAAAAAUGAUUUUAAGAAUAACAAAUUGUAAAAUUGUCAAAAUACAAGCUUUCAUUGUAUAUGUUCUCCAGUUCUAUGGAUAUAAUGUUAUUGUAAACAUUUAUAAGUAUGAAAAUACACAAAGUAUAUAAUUUGUAAUAUCUUAUUGUGUAGUGUGUAUGGCACUAACCAGAUUACCAAUAAACAUCUGGACUGAUCA